AAUCCAUCGGGAUCGAUCAGGAUCCAUCGGGAUCCAUCAGGAUCCAUCGGGAUCCAUCAUCCGGGGUCGGCGAUCCGGCGGAUCCGGCCAUGCCGCGCGCGUUCCUGGUGAAGAAGCCGGUGGUGGCCACGGCCAAGCGCAACUGGAGCGAGCUCCCGGACGAGCAGCGGGCCGAGAUCUACGUGCCCAUGUCACUGGUCCCGUCCGGCCCUUUGGGUGCCCCCCUACCCCCGGGGCUGCCCCUGGCCGGGGGGGUCCCCGUGGGGGUCCCGGUGGCCGGGGGGGUCCCGGGGGGCUCCGAGCUCUUCUCGUGCCCCGUGUGCCACAAGAGCUUCGGGUUCCAGCGGAUGCUGAACCGGCACCUCAAGUGCCACAGCGAGGUGAAGCGGCACCGCUGCCCCUACUGCGGGAAGGGCUUCAACGACACCUUCGACCUCAAGCGGCACGUGCGCACCCACACCGCGGCCCGUGCGCCCCCCCACCGGUGA